AUGCGGGAAUAUAAGCUUGUCGUACUUGGUAGUGGCGGCGUAGGCAAAAAAAAAUAUGACCCGACGAUUGAGGAUAGUUAUAGGAAGCAGGUCGAAAUUGAUUCUCAACAGUGCAUGCUCGAGAUUUUAGAUACAGCUGGCACUGAACAAUUUACUGCUAUGAGAGAUUUAUACAUGAAGAAUGGUCAGGGUUUCUUGCUAGUCUAUUCUAUCACGUCGCAAGCAACGUUCAACGAUCUAGUUGAUCUUCGCGAGCAAAUUCUUCGUGUCAAGGACGUUGACGAGUUCCCCUUGGUUUUAGUCGGAAAUAAGUGCGAUUUAGAAGACGAAAGGAGUGUAGGCAGAGAGCAAGGUCAAAACCGGGCCAAUGAAUGGAAGUGUCAGUUCAUGGAGACGAGUGCUAAAGCCAAACUCAACGUAAACGAGAUAUUUCACAAUCUUGUUCGGCAAAUCAAUGAAAAAACGCCCGAUCCUGCUUCGAAAUCAUCAAAAAAGUCUAAGUGCUGUUGCCUCUGA